CUCAGGGCGCACCGCAGUAACGUUGUGCAACUCUUUCAACUAUACCCACGAGAGUCAACUAGCCACCUCAGCCGUGCCAGUCGGACCUGUAUGGCCCCAUCGAUCGCCAUGUCAGCUUUGACCGCUGGUUUGAAAACCGAAGACUUCCCUCCCCGCUCGGUUCUUGUCAGCAGAGACGACAUGCAGACCAGCCUGAGCCCCGCAGAGGAGACUAUGAAGCCCAAAGUUGCUAUUUUGCCCUUCAGCGUCGAGGCACUGAUGGCUGAUAGGAAACCCAGGCGAGAGGUGGAACCCCCGGAUGCCACGUCCGUUCCCGGGACGUCCCAGGCGCUCGGAAAGGGCGCAAGGAUGGGCUCUUUCGGCAGUCUGGAUACUUCAGUUCCUGCUUUAAACAUGAGCUCCACGUUUUCAGUGGGCGAGAUCAUGAACAUGCCAGAAGACGUGCUGAUUAAGCCCGAGAGCCCGGACAGUCAAGAGAGGACUUCAUGGAUACAGAGUCCUCGCUUUUCUCCCACACCUCCACGAAGGUUGAGUCCUCCUGCCUGUCCACUGCGAAAACACAAGACGAACAGAAAGCCCCGGACCCCCUUCACGACGUCCCAGCUGCUGGCCCUUGAAAGGAAGUUCCGCCAGAAGCAGUACCUUUCUAUCGCCGAGCGCGCAGAGUUCUCCAGUUCCCUCAACUUGACGGAGACCCAGGUCAAGAUCUGGUUUCAGAACAGGAGGGCCAAAGCUAAGCGGCUGCAGGAGGCCGAACUUGAAAAACUGAAAAUGGCAGCUAAGCCUAUGCUGCCUCCAGCUUUCGGGAUUUCCUUUCCUCUCGGUGCGCACAUCCCCGCGUCCUACCAAGGCUCGCACCCGUUCCAGAGGCACUCGCUGCCGGUUUCCCCCGUGGGACUGUACGCCGCUCACGUCGGAUACAGUAUGUACCACCUCGCUUGACGGGGACGGAGGACGAGGGGCACGUGCAGUAGCACACAAGGGGGUUUAGGCUACUUUCUGAGGGCCCCGAACGAGAGGGGGCCCUUUGGACAAGUGAGACGAGAGUGUACUAAAUAAAGAGACAUCCUGGCGGUGAGCUCAGUGUCACAUCUUGUCAGGGGGCCAAGACCUCCAAACAGACCCCCUUCUGAGGACCUUGAAGUUUGUCCACUUCUCUUGACCUUGCCAGUAAGUUCACACACUGCAAAAAUAAUCCAGCUUUAUUAGUCAUUUAAUCUCGAGUCUUAAUCAGUUUUUGUCAGCGGACUUGGAAAUAAUAAUGCCAGUCAAGCACGUAUUGAUACUAGAAAUCUUAGUUCAGAAAAAUAAUCUGAGCGUGAGACUAAAUGACUUUAAGAUGGACAUUUUUGCGGUGCAGAGGUGGAAAACAAUUCGUAGGCUUAUGACAUAUCACGAAUGGACAGUUAAGUAUGGCCACUAGGCUGUGCAAAAGUGUAUCAAAGAUAGCCCAUUCCUCUACCUUCAUGGCUGCUUACAGCAGGUAAAAGGCUAUUACAACGGCUUCUGUGAGUAAGUCAGAGACUGCUGCGCCGCUUGACAAACAUAAGCUGGGCUUCCAUCGCAUCUGUGGGCUGCUGUCACGCUGCAGAAACCAUACUUUUCAUAUCAACGCGUCAAUACAGUGGGUUACUGAAUCCAGUGUCAAUGAAUGCUCUUUGCGAAUUUGGAGAACCACAGCAUUUGUUUUUUAUAACAGCACUGUCUGUUGGAGUGAUUCCCUUCGGAAGGGAUGUGUGUACUGUAAAAUAAUGUAUAUUUGAAGAAUAUCCUCAUUUAUUUUAUGAAUAUAUUUGUGACAUAACUUAACAAUAAAUUGUUUAUUCUUUUUCA